UUGUGUACUGCGUGUUAUCAGAGUAAUCAAUAAUAACACCCUCCGAAUAAUUAGGAGGGGACGCGGAGCCGGUCUUGAUGCUAGUAAGCUGUCCCGUAAAUGUUCAAUUUCUGGGCUCCUAUAUCAACAUCCAUCCCGAUGAAUAUAAUUCCAGACGAUUACCGACACAACGACAUUGUCGCGGAUAAGAGCGAAGCUUUGGCAUGGUGGUGACUGCCUCGUCGUUCGCGUCGCCGGUGUAUCAAUGACGUGACAACGCCAUCUGCGCGUACUUCUCGCGCGCGAACCCUCGAAUAACAUCGAACUCGUCAUCUCAUACGGCUGGUCGUGCUACGCAUGCAUAUCAGAAGAUGCUGUCUCUACCUUUGAUCCCACCACAAGACGACCAGUCGUCAUGGAUGCGAUCGAAUCCUCGUCGCCGCUCAGACUCUCCGCCCGCCAAUCGUCAACAAGGCCACCAACAAUCACAUCGACAGCGGCAGUUGCGCGAUGAGGAGAAGCGACUCUUCAAUGCGCGAAGUCCCUUGGCCAUGCUCGCCGCCGACGAGACGGCCAUCGCACAGCGCAAGGCAUCGGUGCGCAAUUUCGGCGCGUUCUGGAUCCGUCCUCCCGGCGUACCCAAAACCCUGCAGGCUAUGAACGAGGAAGAAGCCGAGCGUUUGGAACAGGCGGAGAUCGAGAGGCAAGAGCGUGGUCUGGCGGACAUGCAAGCGCAACAACAGCUCGAAGAAGCCCGACAGCAGGCGGCUGAGACGGAAGCCCAAGAGGCUGCGGGCGAAGUCGAGGAGGAGCGCGACCUGGACGACGACGUCCCCGAAGCGGAGGCCAACACCACGGACUUUACCUUCAACGAAGACAGCAUGAUGGAAGGCAGCCACGUGGAUUCCGACGAGGAGAACGAUGAACGCUACGCAGAGAUGGAGGCACAGGAACUGACCGGCGCCGCCCGCGACGAAGAGGAUCUCGGCAUGGACGAGGAGCGAAACCUCGACGACUCCAUCCCCGAGGCGGGCAGCUACCAACACACCGACACCGAGGUCGAGGACACGGAUUCGGAUUCGGAGCUGCAGAACUCGCUGGUGGAGCAGAUCGUCCGGCGUCCGGCGGCAGCCGACGCGGCGGCGGCCACCCCGGUCGAUCGAAGUUUGAUCGACGCGCAGACCGCGCCUGCGCUCAUCGCGAGGAUGCGCGCGCAGAUGGAAGCGUCCGACAUCCUCGCCAGCAGCAGUCCGCGGGAAUUGCGGCUCUCGAUGAGUUCGGGCCUGCAGGACAGUUCGCUUCUGUUGCAGAGUAGCCCGAUGAUGCUUCGGGGGAACGCUGCCGGACGUGGACGAGGCCGAGGGGGAGGGGGAGGGAACCGACGACGUGAGAUGUAGUGUGACCGCCCUGUAAAUGAAUUGAUGAAGCCCUGUACCUCUCUCGGAUGUCUCAAUGGUCAUGCAUUCUGCAAUUACUUGACGGCGUAUAGUGAGAUCUCAAGCACGAAGUUCCAGUUUCAACAUCAUUGAUAAGCUGGUGGCAAAGUUAAUGUUGCGCGGUGCAUUGGUUGGAGAACUUGCGCAGAAGGAUUCCAACAACAUGAGCGGGCUUGCGGCCGCAUGAACAGCAAAGCAUGCUAGCAUGAUCUCGAACCCGCAGGCCGUGGUCCUUAUUUCACGCGUUGGGCCAAUGGAAUCCCCCCUGCCCUCGAGUCAUAUACUUCUCCCG